UUUUACAGCAUCCACUGAUUUAUGUAUUUUGGACGGUUAUCUUGAUAAACCAAUAAUAAUGAAAUGUGCACCCGUUAUUCGCUCAAUAGUGGAAUAUACAAAUCGAUAUUCUUCCUAAAGCUGACUGCUAACCGAAUAUAGGAGCCUUUUUAUAUAACCUGUGACUUUCUUAAAUUAGCAAAUAAAUAACAAAGCCUUUUCGCCUCGGGUUGGUGCUGUAACCCGCCAUCCACGCCCAUACUGUACAACGUUGUAUUAGGCAGGAUACCAUUAGGCACUGUGGUGAGUGCGGUUCGAAGAAAGUGGAGAACUGAGAAAGAAAGAGGGAGCGAUUGGGAUGCUACAAUAACAGACAGUAAUACAACGAGAGGACACGACACAGCGUGUUUGUUGGGCUACACGGAGAGAGAAGAGAGGAGAAAAUAGCCGAACGGAGAGAGAAGAGAGCGAGUGGCGGUCUGGGUUUGGCAACCGGCUUGUUCUUAGUUCCCUCGAGCCAGCUGCAGCAGGCAGCACCGUGCAAAAUGCGCUAUUUACGGUUCUUCAUUCCUGCGUUCGGUUCGACAAUGGACUCGUUCUGCAACUGAGCCUGCCAACCUUGCAGCACACCGCGGACGGUAACCUACCCAUUUGAGGGAACGCUUACUGCAACAUGCAGUAAAAAGAACACACUGAGAUGUUUUUUCACAAGAUACAGUGAAGGGGGAUCCCCACCGCCGUUAUUCUCUUUCUACAUACCGGUUUUGGAUUAGAAAUCCGGGAUUAUAAGAAGUUCGGUCGGGAUGGGGAAGGAACAAGAACUACUAGAAGCGGCCCGGACCGGGAAUGUGGUCCUGGUGGAGAAAUUACUGAGUGGGAAAAGGGGAAUCCUGGGGACAGCCUCGGGCUCCAUACCUCUGCCAAACCUACUGAGCAUGUGGAGAGGCUUGAAUGUGAACUGUGCAGACAGUUCAGGGUACACACCCCUCCACCACGCAUCACUGAACGGACACAGGGACGUGGUGUUGAAGUUGCUCCAGUUUGAAGCCUCCACCAAUGUGGCUGACAGUAAGGGCUGCUUCCCCUUGCACCUGGCCGCCUGGCGUGGAGACGUAGACAUCGUCCGUAUCCUCGUCCACCACGGGCCCUCACACUGCCGCGUCAACCAGCAGAACCAUGAGAGGGAGACGGCGCUGCACUGUGCGGCCCAGUACGGCCACUCUGAGGUGGUGUCUAUUCUACUGCAGGAGCUGACAGACCCCACCAUGAGGAACAGCCGCGACGAGACGCCCCUGGACCUGGCUGCACUCUACGGACGACUUCAGGUGGUCUGUAUGUUGGUGACCGCCCACCCCAACCUGAUGAGCAGCCACGGGACAAGGCGCCACACGCCCCUGCACCUGGCCGCCCGCAACGGGCACCACUCAGCCGUGCACACCCUGCUGGAGGCCGGCAUGGACGUCAACUCCCAGACGGAGAAUGGCAGUGCUCUCCACGAGGCAGCUCUUUAUGGGAAGAUGGAUGUGGUUCGUCUGCUGCUAGACUCAGGUAUUGAUGCCAACAUCACAGACUGCCAGGGAAGGACAGCUCUGGAGAUCCUCAGAGAACACCCCGCACAGAAGUCCCAGCAAAUCACUGCACUCAUGCAAGAAUAUAUGAUGGAGGAGAUGAUGGACAAUAAGAGUGUGUUGAUGGAGGAACCUAUUCGCCAGGGUCCUGUCCCCACACCUCGCACUUCUAUCCCCUCUCCCUCCCCCUCCCCCUCCCUCAGGCACAAAAAUGAUGCUGUGACAGGGGAGCUCUCCAAGCUGCUAAAUGAGAUGAAGAUGUGUCGGGACAGAGACUACUCCUUUGAGGAGCUCUGCCAGACCAUCUCAUCCCACUCUCAUUCCAUGGAGAGCUUUGGCAGCGGUCACCUAUCAGACGAGGAGCGACGCAGUAACGGCACCCUUAGCAGAGUCAGAAAGCGGCCCACUCCCCCACUUCCCCCGGCCCAGGAGGAAGAGGAGGGGGAGAAGAGCUGUGGCCCCGCUGGGUUCUGGGAGGCCCUCACACCCUGCAACGGUUGUCACAACCUGGGCUUCUCCAGCCUGUCACAGGACUCGAAGCGCUCGGCGGAGAUCGUACCAUCGCCCUCCCUUGACGUGUUCUUACCGGAGGAUGAGGACAAUCCGUAUGAGUCCGUCACCACCGCCGUGACCCGCAAGCCCUGCUCGCUGGACAUCGGCCUCUUCAACGCCUGCCCCCUCAACGGCCACUCUCCCCAGGUGACGGUGACUGAGCCGGAGCUGUGUAACCAUAGGAACAGCUCCUCACCGACGGGGCCUACUCCAGACUGCUCUCCCCCCUCCCCAGACACUGCCCUGAAGAGCAUUGACAGAGUCAUCCGCCCACAGCCCAAACAGCGGACCUCCCUCUCCUCCUCCCUGGAUGUCCAGAACCAGAGGCCAGUCAACCACAGCUGUGAUCCCUCCGAGGUGAGCUCGUCCCUGGGCUACGCCAGCUUCAGCACCAGCCCCCCUGCCAGCCCGCCAGUCAGCCCCAACCAGGACUCACCUGGCUCCAACGACGACUGCCCCCCCACAGACGACGGGCCGUACCAGCAGAACCCUCCCCUCGCCUCUUCCAAUACACUCCUACUACCAGAAGACCGACGACAGAGCCUCGUCCCUGUAGAGUUCGCCGGCCUCCUCCACGGCUCCUCGCCGGCCUGCGAGACGCCCGACACACCCUACCACCUCUACACCUCCAACACCAAUCCCAAAGCCCGAAAACACACCCCCUCGGACCCCCACACCAGCCCGGUAACCACGGUCGGUAACCAGGGCAACCUCACUUCUGAAACCCAGCCCUUUGAAUUAGGAAUUGGACUUCCACCGCCCCUCAUUAUCCCUCACACAGGAAACGAGGCGUUGGCUCUGAAGACCCCCAAAGAUCCCCUCAAAGACGACAGACCCCCCAAACCUCAGGUAGUCUAUCGCACCAUUUUCCACACCCGGGUUAACCAGAACCCCCAGAGGGCCUCGCCCUCCUCCUCCUCGCCGUAUGGUUGGAACGGGGAGGCGGUGGUGGUGAGGGGGUGUGUGUCGGGAGCUGGUGGACCCAGGGAGGGGACACCGGCGUCUGGAUACGAGGACAGGGCCUUUACCCUGGGCAGGAUGAAAUCCAUACCUCGCAGUGUGCUGGACCUAAAGCUCUCCAAGUCACUGUCCAAGUCUGACUCCAACCUGGUGGCUGUGUCACCCAUACAGGAGGAGUACCACUGGGGGUCGGGGGCCAGGGGCCAGGGGCCGAGAGGAAGCCCAGGGGACACCGAAAGUCCUGGGGGCCAGCUUGAGAGAACACCCUCCUUCACUGCUGAAUGGGAGGAGAUUGAUAAGAUAAUGAGCUCCAUUGGGGCUGGCAUCAGCACUGGCACGGGCUCAGAAGGGAUCAAGGAGAAUAAUGCAGGUCCCCGGUGCCCCAUGCAGUCUGUGGGCCAAUGGCUGGACAGCAUUGGACUGGUCCAAUACGAGAACCACCUACUGGCUAACGGCUUCGACAACGUGCAGUUUAUGGGCAGUAACGUGGUGGAGGACCAGGACCUGCUGGAGAUCGGGAUCCUCAACUCAGCCCACAGACAGAGGCUGCUACAGGCCAUACGCCUACUGCCCAGGGUGCGUCCUAUUGGCUAUGACGGUAACAACCCCACGUCAGUGGCUGAGUGGCUGGAGUCUCUGGAGCUGGGAGACUACACUAAGUCCUUCCUCAUCAACGGAUACACCUCCAUGGAACUGGUCAAGAAGAUCUGGGAGUUAGAACUCAUCAAUGUGUUGAAGGUCAGUCUGAUAGGACACAGGAAGAGAAUUCUGGCCUCGCUGGGAGACAGGCUUCACCAAGACCCUCCACAGAAACCUCCACGGGCCAUCUCCCUACGGGAGCCCGGUGGCUGCAACACCCCUCCCCAGAUCCUUCCGGGCCAGGCUGCGUACACCACGACGGGUGUCCCAGGGGGCUCGUUGGACGUGCAGCACCUCAUCAUGCAGGCGGACGCACGGCGCCGCCAGCGCUCCAACGACAACUACUUAGAGGAGAUGCCUCGCUCCAAACUGGAGCGGCAGAUGGCCCAAGUCAGCAUGUCUCAUGAUGUUGGAGAAAGACCUUCUGCAAGAAAUGAUACUCAAGGCGAAUGGUGCGAGCCAAUCACGUUGCGUCCUCCCAACGAGGCCACCUCGUCCACUCCAGUGCAGUACUGGCAGCACCACCCUGAGAAACUCAUCUUCCAGUCGUGUGACUAUGAAGCUUACUACCUGGGCUCCAUGCUGGUGAAAGAGCUGAGAGGAACAGAGUCAACACAAGACGCCUGCUCCAAGAUGAGGAAGUCUACAGAACAGAUGAAGAAAGUCCCGACCAUUGUUCUGUCCGUCUCCUACAAGGGAGUCAAGUUCAUCGACGCUACAAACAAGAACAUCAUAGCUGAGCAUGAGAUCCGUAACAUCUCAUGUGCGGCCCAGGAUCCUGAGGAUCUGUCCACGUUUGCCUACAUCACCAAAGACCUCAAGUCCAGCCACCACUACUGCCAUGUCUUCACUGCCUUCGACGUGAACCUGGCGUAUGAGAUCAUCCUGACCCUGGGCCAGGCCUUUGAAGUAGCCUACCAGCUGGCCCUGCAGGCCAGGAAGAGUGGGCAUGGCUCCUCCACGCUGCCAGAGAGCUUCGACAUCAAGCCCAACAAGCCCGUCCCCAAGCCCCGCGUCAACAUCCGCAAGUCUAUGGAGCAGCCGUCGAUGGAGCAGAAGGGUCAUGCCAACGUGCCGUGGAUAGUGGAACCAGGGCAGGAGGCCAAGAGAGGAGCGAACACCAAAGCAAAGCCAAUUCUCCUGCACUAGGUUUUCGUGCUGAUGUUUUGGGGGAUUUUGUUGUCCAGUACUGGCAACCCAGAGGAAAGUGGAGGGACAUUUGUUUAUCAGUUCCAUCUAGUUGGAGAGGAUAAUGGACUGCUGAGAGAUGAUGUAGCAAAUGUUACUUUAAAAAGAAACAACAGACUCCUGUUUUUAUCAUAAUCAGUCUUUGAUUUUUACAGCAGAUUAUUUUUUUCAGACAUUUUGAGUGGCAAAGCGUUGUUUGUUUAUUUGAGACUAAUUGACCUUUGACACAGGGAGGAAUUGUUUUUAAACCACACGCUAAACCUGUGUCCAGAUUGAAUUUGUUUAAAAUAGGUUAUUAUUAGAUUCAUCAUUUUCUUUCUAUACUUGUUUUGUUGGGAAAUGCUGAAAAGGUUUAGGUUGUGGCUUGUGAGGCACAUGGAGUCCAUUUUGGACUGACUGGUGACGAGGGAGGGGCGGGGCCGGUGGAUAGGAGGCGGGGUUUGGGGACUCUCUGGAUAAGUGGUGUGAUCUCAUUCGCAGGGCAAUGCCGGACGCCCAUGUCUAUUACUGUGGAAUGCAAAGAAUGUAGCCAGCCUUAAACAUGGACCCUCACACACAAUGCAAAAAGGACUACAAAUGUGGACCCUUCUGUCUGUGUCAAAGGACUACUAACAUGGACACUCUCUAACGAACUUGGUGUUUAAGGUUGAUUACAAAACGAGGACAUCUUCCCACAAACAUUGGACUCAUGGCCUAACUGUGUACACACACACACACAGUUAAGGGACUGCUUAGUAACAGUCAGAUAUGUGAAUGUAGACUUUCAUUGAAGCAGCCACAACUACAACUCUAGCCCCUGUUCUGCAUUCAAUUGGACCUUGACCUUUAAACUCUAUACCACGGUCACCCAAGGUCUGGACUGUAACGGACAACUGUGUGUAUUUGAAUGGGGACGAGGUAAAGGACUUCUGAUUGGCUCUUUUCCUCUUGUUUAAGUUUUGUUUCACGGUCAAUACUACAAUUACAUGGAUAGAAUUGGCCGUGCCGGACCACCAUGCAACAGGUGAGCCGUGUGCCGGACCACCAUGCAACAGGUGAGCUCUGUGCCAAGUGGCAUCACAAAGGAUGGCUCCGCCUACCUGAGCAAAACACCAUCCAUCCCAAUUAAAGAAAUAUUCAUAUUAAUGCCGGAUGUUUUAAAUGUUUCAUAUGAGAGUAUUAUCUUACCUUAUGAUUAUUCUUGUGCAAUUCUUGUCUUAAUGUUACAUUAUUUUUAUAUGAUAUGCUGAAAUGAAAAAAAUCCAGGCUUGAGAAUGAUUGCCAUUCUUUAAAAAAAAUAGCAUAAUAGUUCUAUACUGAGAGUGAAUGUUUCAGAUGGCUCCUCUCCUUAUAAUUAAUAAUAAUAGCUAUUAUUAUUAUUGGUGUGUCCGGUCAACACACCAAUCUGUUUCUCAUGGGGCUAGACUCAUAACUCCAAGCAGAUGUAAUAUUUUACCACAGUAUUUCUGUAUUCUUUGGAUGAAUACAUAGUCCUCUCUAAAUGUACAUAGAUAUUUUGCCAGCUCAUUGUUCAUACAUGUAAUGUAGUAAAACAUUUACAAAAAUAAAGGAAUCAAAUAUUUGCCGCACAUCGCACUGGAGACAAGGUACCAAAAUGGAAAGGUCAGAGUUGAAAAUAAAGUCUAUGGUUCUAGAGAUUGUAUUGGGGAGGGCUGGGACAGGGUGAUGACAUCACUGCUGACUAACUCAUGUACGUAUGCUUGGGCUUCCAGCACACAGAUUUUGUACGUUUUGGUCAUUAUUUAUAUCCUUGUAAAUCACAUGGAAUAAACACAACUUGUACAACCAUUAAUCACCA